AUGGAACAUCUUCUAUCGUGGCAUAGACCACAAGUACAAGCUUUCAUUGGAUACACUGCAAGCAAUGGAAACUUCAUGACCAAGACUGUUGAUGAAGCUAAGGUUCUUAUUGAGAAUCUUGCAGCUAGUGAUUGUAACAACUGUCCUGAUUAUGACCGCUCAAGCCGCACCACUACUAGCUCCCCUGAUUCUUUUCAAAUGACUGAACUCAAGAACAUGAUGGCUCAAGUUCUUAAGGGACAGCUCAAGCAUAUCAAUGCAAUAGAAGGGAUGAGUGAUGCUAAUGAAGACCCAUCAAGAGAAUGCAUGGGAGAUUUCUCUAAUGAAGCCAAUGAAGAAGAUGUGAACUACAUUGGAAACUAUGGGAACAAGGGAUACAAUCCAAGCUAUCGCCCAAACCCCAACAUGUCUUAUAGAAACCCCAAUGUGGAGAAUCCUCAAGACCAAGUGUAUCCUCCAAGGUAUCCACAACAACAAAGACCUCCUUACCAAUCUCAAGGAAGUCAAUUUCAGCCAAGGCAAGGAUAUGAGCAGAGAUCAUCAUAUCCGCCCAAGGAGCCAUAUGCUUCUUCACCAAAUCAAGCUCCUCCAAACCAACAAGGUGGGAGAUUUGAAGGAAUCCUCCAACAGAUCAUGGAUGGCCAGAAGAGAAACAUAAAGAGAUGUAUGAGAAGAUGGACACUUUGUUCAGCAAUCUCAACACCAAGUAUGAUGCUGUUGCCACUCAUGUGA